AUGAGCUUCCAGCAAGGCCCAGGCGGCGACGAAGAGGGAAAUCAUCCGCCCCAAGUCCCGCAGCAAGCGGGGUUGGGCCCGGUGGGUGAGGGCCAACACCGCGCUUUUCGCCGCGAUAGCGAAUACAGCUUUGACAGCUUAGACAGCGAGAAAGGUGCCGCCCCAAGAUAUCCCAAGCUUGAUAGCCCAGCCCGCCCAUCCUUCGAAUGCCCCUUUGUAAAAUAUGAUCCAACUCGGUAUCAGACAUGUCGAGGGUCUCGACUGCAUGCUUUUUCAUAUGUCAUCCAGCACAUCGCAAGAAGGCAUGUGCUGAGAGACGUUGUCCCUGAAUCGGAUCCAAGUAUUGCGCCAAACAUGAUAUGUGUUUCCUGCACAUGGUGCCGCCAGGUACUUCAUGGUCCAGGUGCUGAGGGGAGGCUCCGGGAACAUACAAGGUCCUGUCGAGCAAGCAAACGGCCAGCUACCAUUGAGGAGACGGGGGUCUUAGUGCCCAAGGAAUUCGAUGACCUCAAGUCAGCGGUUUAUAUGGUGUCUGGCAGUAUCGCAAAGUGGAACGUCAUAUGGCAUACGUGUUUCCCUGCCACACCAGCGCCCCCGCCAUAUGUUGAAAUAGCUGCUUCUCUACCGGAGGCGCAGAGAAUACUUCAACAACUUCUCAGCUCAUCUGCUGCCAACCCUUGGUCAUCUGCAGAGAUCAAGCAGUCUGUGAUCGAUAAGGCUUUGGGUUCAUUGUACUUUGGCCUGCCGUUUAACGAAAUCGGACCUCAAAUCAACGACGCGACUACUAUCCUUUCCACCGAGCUUUCCAUAUUUGAUGACCCGAAUGACGUCUCCUCCAAUGUUCCUGAGUCCUGUAUUGACGAAGGCGAAAUUGACCAAGACGAAAUUGAUCAAUGGACUAGACCUCUCAAGAUUGCACUUCUUGGCGUUGACUAUCAGAGAGUCCAUUAUAUCUUGGAAAACUCCCUUGACAAAGUUGCCGUUGGCGACUAUUCAUGGCUGCUGGAGUUGAAAGCAUUAGGUCUUUCGGCAGACGAAAUUGCUGAUGAACUACUGGAAAGAGCGCAGCAUGGGCCAUGGAUAUACUCCAAGAUUAACGUGCACGAUGCUGGGUCAUACUUUCACGACUUUCACAUCCCAAGAUGUCUCCAUUCAAGCAAGGAGGAUGAGACAAUGCGGGCAGCCUUCUUGCAUUCAAGUCAGGGUCUGAUGAGCAUCGGAACUGACCGCGACAACUCCAUUCGGGAGGCUGUUGAAUACUGGUGCGGUAUCGGCGGCGUAAGUCCUAUGCCCGACGGGUCGCACAACCUCCAGUUUGGGUCUGUUCUCUUUGAAAACGCCAACUCGACUGCAAUCGUCUCCCUGAUGACUAGCCAGUCAGCUCAAGCUGUUCCAAAUGUUAUGCAGCAUCUGCACAGGGCCGUCGGUGUCCUUCAGGAGGUCGGCGGUUGCUGUGAUUCAUUUAGCUUUCUUGCAAGACAGGAGUCCUGUGUUGAGCUGGAACGAAUCUACCCUGACUUUGCAUCGGAACCUGGACCCCUGGUAUCACUCACAAAGUCAGAAGCCACUAUCAAGGGUUUGAAUCCACCACUUCGCGACUCACUGAGGGCCCAGUUUCUUUCUCUCGCCUUUGCUCUUUACGCACAAGGUCAUUGCGAGCCCUUUGGGCCCUUCUUCCUGGACACUCCAUUGAAGCGCAUAUUGCUCAUAGGAAACCAGAUUUGGGGCCCAUCUUUUACUGGACCAUGUAUACUUGCGACUCCCGUGAAUCUGAGCUGCUUUGGUGAGAUGCUUCGGAGCCGAGUCUUUGCCUUUCAGUACUUUGACAACUUCGAAAGGUCGAGGGUGUUUUCAGAUUGUGAUAAGGAGUUGGACUUGAAGGCAUGCCCUGAAGAUUUGCUCGACACAUGGGGUCCUGGGGAUUUCAUCAUGCCCAGGGAUGACACGGAAAACCUCCAUGCAAUAUCAGUUGGUGGUGGCCUGAUUACUUCCAUCUCGACAGAAACAGAAGGCCACCAAUUGUCUGUUCUUCACUGGAGCCCUGUAUCAGGAGACAACACCGACAUCCCUUCAACCUUCCCUCGCCAUGCAAAAAUGUUCAUCGGCUCAAGAGUCUCGAUAAACCAAACCUGCAAAAUAACUCCGCAAGAACAAGUUCGGAGGUCUAUUCCCUGGUUGAAGGAGCUAGGGACAUUCCCAACAUACUGGGAAGUAGCUGAAAGGCAGGUAGGGUUUGGUUUGCAGGGCGGGCAAAGCGCUGUGGGGAUAUUGAACUUCGCCCAGACGUGGGUGAAGAGGCUCGGUCAGACCAAGAAGUCCAACAUCCUUGCCAAGAGAUCCCUUUCCAUCACCGAUUUAGAAGGGCCCUCCGCUGUCCAGGUUAGCUUUUGUACUGGCAUCGCCCGACGGGUGCGACUACGAGAGCUCCUCGCAGAUGUCCUACCCGCUUAUGUAGCAGACCUUGCCACCAAGCCUCGUUUGUGGGAGAAGCUUCAGGGCUGCGACAUCCUGGAGAUAUUGCGACAAGAAGACUUCAGAGCACAUUAUCAAAGGCUAGACCGUGAACUGCAAGCAGAGUUUGAGGCGCUCGCUAUCGCUGUCCUGUUUCUAUUGCAAGACACAGGUGUGGAUAGGAAGGGCGAGAACUUUGUCGUCGGUUGCAUCCCUCAAGGACUGGCAGUCCAAUGCUUCAAGAUCCCGAUCGAAAAGGAGAGUUUCUGGGCCCGAAUCCUCGCUGACUCCGAGGACGUAGCGACUUUCGCUUACGUGGCGACGAGGCCUCUUGUCGACGGCUGUAUCACUGUGCCAUGA